CUUGGGGUUUUGGAAAUGUCGUCCCUUCUUUCCUGUAAGACGUGUGUGGAUAAUAGUGAAGAGCAGAUGCUGCUGAUAGAAGAAAGGCCUGAUUUGAUUCAUUCUCUGGAUCCUAGGAGGUGUUGCAGCAGCAAGCAAGAUGGCUUAGCAAACUCUAAUUGCAGAAAGGAGGAGAGAGAAUGUCAAGCACCCCACGAGAGUUUGGAUUAUUUACCUUCACACAGUAGAGUUUACAAGAAGUGGCUACAAGAGAAAACGUACAGAACUGACUGGGAUCGAUGGAUGUUGAUGGGGCUAAUUGGAAUAGGAGUAGGAAUGCUGGGAUUCCUGACACAUCAGAUAAUUGACUAUCUCAUCAAACUAAAAUGGGAACUAGUGAAAAAUUACCUCCAGAAUGGCAACUUCCACAUGACCUGGAUUUGCAUACUUGGGUCAGGACUGGCCAUGAUUGUUGUAUCUUCAGGGCUAGUGGUGUUCUUUUGCCCAGCAGGUGCACCGUAUGGGCUUCCAGAAGUCAUUGGGUUUCUGAAUGGUGCUUCUAUUCAACACAUUUUUAAUGUCAAGACUUUUUUGGGGACGUUUGUUUCUUGUGUGCUGGCUGUGGCUUCUGGGCUCUUCUGUGGACCGGAAGGCCCUAUGAUUCACUUGGGGGCAAUAAUAGGGUGUGGCCUGUCCCAGUUCAAGUCAGACACCCUCGGAAUUCAGCUGCCCUUCUUCACCAGGUUUUGGAAUUCAGCUGAUAAGAGGAAUUUCAUUACAGCUGGUGCAGGAGCAGGAAUAGCCUCGGUAUUCCGUGCUCCAGUGGGUGGACUCUUGUUCACAUUGGAAGAGGUGGCCUCUUUCUGGGAUAUCAGACUGGCCUGGCAAACUUUCUUCUGCUGCUUGAUGGCUGCCUUCACUACGGAUUUACUCUCUUCAUCUCUUUCUGGGUUUGUUUACAGAGGUCAUUUUGGAUUUUUCAAAGCAGAGAAAAGAAUUUUAUUUUGGGUUAAAAACUUGCUGGAUAUGAGUGUCUUGGCCUUUGUUCCAACCAUUUUCCUUGGAAUACUUGGAGGACUUUUCGGCGCUCUCUUUGUUUCCCUAAAUAUAAAGAUUAAUAAAUUACGUGAGCGUUUCUUUAGCUCAAUUAAAAAAACAUCCCUCAGAAAAACAAGCAAGCUCUUGGAAUCUGUGCUGGUUCUUGGGUGUACCAUCACUGUUACAGUCUACUUGCCAUAUUUCUUUUCUUGCACUCCAGUCAUGAAUCUGAGAACUUUGCAGCUGAAGAACAGUUCAGAAAUCAUAAGCCCAUUUGAGAGAGAAAUUUCAGAAUAUAGUUGUCCAUCAGGCACAGCAUGGAUAGGACCAGAUGGAGUCAAAUAUUCCAAUCAAACCUUUAAUGAAGCAGCUGCACUCUUAGCUGAGAAUGGUAAGCGAGGAAUCAUGUACUUGUUCAGACGUGGGACUCAUGAAGAGUUUGGAUAUACCUCUCUUAUUACAGCUCUGGCAUUUUAUUUCUUUCUCUCUUGCUGGACUGCGGGUUCUGCUGUUGCUAGUGGCCUGGUUAUACCCAUGCUGUACACAGGAGCUUUAUAUGGCAGGAUAGUUGGCCUGAUUCUUGUGUCCAUUUUUGGUGUUCAGACCAAUGAACAAGGGGCGUGGAUUGAUCCGGGACUCUUUGCUGCUGUUGGCGCUGCUUCUUUUUUCAGCGGUGUGUCAAGACUAACCAUCUCCCUCACAGUUAUCAUGGUAGAGAUCACGAACGAUGUACAGUCCUUGCUGCUUGUGAUGCUGGCUGUCAUGGUGGCCAAGAUGAUAGGUGACUGGUUUAACAUGUCCCUGUAUAGCUCCUUACUGAAGCUGAAAGGCAUUCCUUACUUAGACUCCGAACCUCUUGCUAGCCACAAGAAAAACCGGUUAAACCUGGAAUUGUUUUUUGCCAGAGAUGUCAUGGAGCCUUGUGUUAGAGUCCUCCACUUAAGGGAAAACAUUGCCUCACUGGCUCAGCUUAUUGCUAGCACCAGCCAUGGUGGAUUCCCAGUGGUUUACAAACCCAAGCCAGACCAAGUAGAGGUGUUCCUAGGAACUAUUACAAGGUUAGAACUAUGCAUGCUGCUGCAACAUGAAGCCAUCUUUGAAACAGAGACUAACCAUGAUUCUCUUUCCUGCUGUCCUCUUCUCCUCUACCAGAAGAUAACAGUGGAGAAGUUGCCUGAUCCACCACAGAUGACUAUGCUGCUGAAUUGCUACAGUACAGAUCCUCAGUAUCAGCAACUCUUCAUCAAUCUGGAGCCGUACAUAAACAAAUCAGCAGUGUCAGUUCAGGCUCAUUUCUCUCUGCAACGCACAUACAUCAUCUUUCGGACCUUGGGGCUUCGCCACCUGACAGUUGUUGACCUACAGAACCGAGUUGUUGGGAUAAUAACCAGGAAAGAUCUGAUGUCUUUCCAGCUGGAGGAGAGGCUGGCGCGUCAGCUGGCAUCGCAGAAACGUGACUCAGAUGAGCAGCCCUUAGAUUAGGAAAAGAGAACAGAACUGUGAAUGUUUUAUUUCUUAAGAUUUGUCACUUUAAUUUUUUUUUAAUAAGCCUGCAUUCUUCUUAGGUAAAGGAAAAAAUGGAUAUGACUGUGCUGUUAGAUUCCUUUAGAGCAGGGCAGUUCAAAAGGCAUCCUCCCUGGGCCCUUAAAUGUAUCCUACCACUAGCUCUCUCGAACCAUAGGAUGAUGGCAAAGUUCAUUGACUGCAGAUUUGACAGGGCACUGGGUUAGAUGGACCAUUGGUCUGACCCAGUAUGGCUGUUCUUAUGUAUGUUCUGAUAUUUUUAAGGCUUGUGAACUAAAUCAGAAUUUUUCUACUCAUCUACCACGGAAGGCAGAAGUACAAGCAGAUAUGAAGGUUGAGGUUAAAAUGUCCCAAAGCGUCUAUUUUCAAAAGUGACAUAGUCAUUUAGCGGCCUAAGUCCUGCUGAUUUUCAUUGAGACUUAGGCUUUGUCAACACUUAAAGUUGCACUUCUGUAACUAUGCUGGCAUAGUUAGAUGCAAAAAUGCCCUAGCACAGAUGAUAUUUUACUGGUAUAAAAGUGAUUAUACUGGUAUAACUUAUUCUAGUUUGGCGAAGCAAAAUAACCUAUAUCAGUAUAAAACAACUUACAUUAUAACUGUAUCUACUCUAAGGCUUUUACUGACACAUUUCUGUCAGUAAAAAAAUCUUACCCCUUACAUACAUAGUUAUGCCAGUAAAACUUUAAGUGCAGACUAGAGCUCAGGCUCCUAAGAGUCUACUUCACUUUUAAAAAAUAGGACGUAGGCUCCUAAGUGACUUAGAAGCUUUUAAAAAAUAUACUGUGUGCACCUUUCUUUUUGAUUUUAAAAGCAUGUACUUGUAGGCUGAUUUUAAACACUGCCUAUGGGAAUUGGACAACCAAUUAAAAUGAAUGGGAAUUGGGCAUCCUACUUGCCUGAGAUAUAUUUUAAAAUCUUGGUUUCAAUGAGUAUGCCAGGCAGGCAUAGUCCUGAGACCCUAGGGCAAACUGCUAAUGUGGCCCUCAGCAGUGCAAAGUUUGAGUAUGUCUGCUCUUGACUAGAUUUCCUUUCAUGUUUGCAGCUAUUAGAACAGUCUCUCUUUCUGUACACCCACCUGGUGUAAUUUGAUAUGUAAUGAGUGUCUCACACAGAGGAGAUGAUCACAAUUGUCCCUCUGGUUUGGAUGUAGUUGUUGUUUAUAUUAUAACAUAUUUGGAAACCAGGCACCCACAACACAAUAUAA